UGGAUCAGAGACGCUUAGCGACCGUUGCCGGCCCUUGUUCUCUGUCUGUUUGUCUAUGCUAUAAAGCAGCCAGCCCACAAGGUUGCAGCGCAUCGACUCGCAUUUUUGGCUCUCCUGAUCAGUGCGGUGCUCUCGCCACUCCAGCCUCAAGUUUUCCGUUCGCCACUUGAGAUCCUUCUCCAAACAGGAGCGACGGUUUCGCUCCAUCUGGGUCCAGGCCCGGUGCCUUUCCUUUGACGACGUACGGCCAUGGCGGAGGUCGGCAUCGAGGCGGCGCGCUGGGUGGUCGGGAAGGCGCUAGGCCCCGCCUCGAGCGGGCUACUGGAGGCGUGGGCGGCCAGCUCCGAGCUCGGUCCCAACAUCGAGGCCCUCAGGAUGGAGCUGCUGUACGCGGAGGGGAUGCUCAACAAUGCUCGAGGCCGCGGCCACGGCCCUGAGAUCCAGAACCCGGCGCUGGCGGAGCUGCUGCGGAAGCUCCGGGACCUAGCGUACAGGGCUGACGAUGUGCUGGACGAGCUCGACUACUUCCGCAUCCAGGACGAGCUCGACGGCACCUACCAUGCGGCGGAUGAGCAUGCCGGGGGCUGCCUCCGCAACCACGCUCUGAAUGCUCGCCACACCGCAAGAAACAUCAAGAAGAUGCUUGGCUUCUCCAAGUGCUCCGGCGGCUCUGCUGACCAUGAUCAAGCUGAUGAAGAUGCAGGCCGCAGAGGAGUCUCGUGUGGAGCUUGGCCGUGUCUGGCGGCCAACAGGGGCGACCAGGAGGUUCCCAGCGGCUGCAUGAGCAGGAUGAUCUCCUCUGCUGCUUGUGCAAAAAUGCCUCCCUUCUCCAGGUGCUCCCGCGGCUCUGCUGACCAUGAUCAAGCUGAUGAAGAAGAACAAGAUGCAAGCCGAGGGGUCCUCUGCAGGGCAGCUUGGCCAUGUGCAAGGAUCUCAUCGACGCCGCCACCCAACCAGGACAGCCAAGAGGCUGACGGCGGCUGCAUGGGUAGGCUUGCCUCCGGUGCCUGUGGCACCGUCCCCACUGUCGGUAAAUGCCUUCGAUGCCACUCUGUUUCCAAUCCUCAAAAUGUUGGCAGCUCAACCGUUCCCUCAACUGGACGCCGAUUCCUCCGUUGUGCUGCCAAUCCCAAUAAGGCUCCACACAAAGCAUGCGUCGCACAACCACCAAAAUUGAAAUUUGAUAGAGUCGAGAUGUCUAGAAAGAUGAAGGAGAUUGUAGAGCAGUUAAAGCCAUUGUGUGCCAAGGUAUCCACAAUUCUUAACCUAGAAUUGCUGGACUCCAGCCGUAGCAUUGUCCAAUGCAUUGGUACCAGUCUCGACACAUGGUUCUCAAAGGGACAGUGGCCCGCACCAUCACAUAGAAAUGCUAUGAUGAACCGACCCAUAACAAAUCCAGAAUUUAGAGAGCCAGAACUUUAUGGCAGGGAAGGCGAGAAAACUGACAUCAUUUUUGACAUCACUAAGGGAAAGUAUUGUGAAAGGAACCUCACGGUACUUCCAAUUGUUGGCCCAGGAGGCAUAGGGAAGACAACAUUAACACAGUACAUAUAUAAGGAACUUGAACAUCAUUUUGAAGUAAAAUUGUGGGUAUGUGUAUCUGUCAAUUUCAGUGUGUAUAGAUUGACACAAGAGAUUGCAAAUCAACUCAAAAUAGACACAAAGGAUAGUCCAGAUAAGGGGAUUGAAGAUCAAUUAAAAUCCAAAAGGUUUUUGCUUGUCUUGGAUGAUAUGUGGAAUUGCAGUAAUGUGGAUGAGUGGAAUAGGUUUAUAAUGCCGUUCACAAAAGGUCAACCAAAAGGCAAUGUAAUUCUAGUCACAACUCGGUUUCCGGGAUUAGCACAAAUGGUUAAAACACCUACUAGUGAUUGGAAAGACUUGAAAGGUUUAGACCCUGAAUCAUUUAAGGAGUUAUUCAGGGCCUAUGUCUUUGGUGAUGACAUGCAGUCACUGAAGGAUCAUAAUGAAUUACUAGGUACUGGAGACGAGAUUGUCAAAAAAUUAAAAGGCUCCCCCCUUGCUGCAAAAACUGUUGGUAGAUUAUUGAGAAACAACCUUCAUUUGGGUCAUUGGACUAGAGUUUUAGAAAGUAAAGAAUGGGAAUCACUGAAGGAGCAUCAUGAUAUCAUGCCAGCGUUGCAGCUUAGCUUCAACUAUCUCCCUUUCCAUCUGCAGCAAUGUUUUACCUAUUGUACACUAUUUCCAGAAGAUUAUAGGUUUAGUAGAGAAGAGGUAAUUCACUUUUGGAUAGGACAUGAUGUCUUGCAUUCACAUGGUGAAAAUAAGAGGAUUGAAGAUAUAGGAUUAUGCUAUUUGAUAGAACUGGUUAAUCAUGGUUUUCUUAAAAAGGAAGAAGAUCAUUAUGUCGUUCAUGAUCUGCUACACGAAUUAGGGCUAAAGGUUUCAGCACAUGAAUGCCUUACCAUACACAGUUCAAAUGUGAGAUCCAUACAAAUAUCCAUGUCAAUACGGCACUUGUCUAUCAACAUAGAUGACUCAAGUAUCGAGGACAGGAAGACUUUUGAUAUUUGCAAAGAAGAUUUUAGUGCAUUAAGAAAAAGAUUGAAAGUUGAGAACCUACACUCUUUGAUGAUUUUUGGGGAGUACCAGGGUAGCUUUGUUAAGAUUUUUCAUGAUGAUGGAAUGCAUGAAAGCAUUUUUGAGGUGGGACAAUUAAAAUUAUUACAGGAGUUAAGAAGAUUUGUGGUUAGAAAAGAAAUUAAGGGUUUUGAAUUGAGGCAGAUAGGUCAUUUGCUAGAGCUUUGUGGAUCAUUGAGCAUUGCCAAUCUUGAAAAUGUUGAAGGAAGGGAAGAAGUAGAUGAAGCAAAGCUAAUGUACAAGAGACACCUAGAAGAGUUAGUAUUGAACUGGCAUGUUAAUCGAUCCACCAAGGAUCCUGCACAUGAAGAACAAGUUCUUGAAGGCCUCAAGCCACAUAGCAAUCUUCUAAAGCUAUGCAUUAGAGGGCAUGGAGGUCCUACUUGCCCUUCAUGGCUAGGUCCGAACCUCUCAGUUAUGAAUUUGCAAUCUCUUUGUCUGGAUGGUGUGUCUUGGAAAAUAUUUCCUCCUAUAGUGCCGCACAGUGCCGCACAGUGCCGAGUCACUGUAGCACGGAGCCGGAGCCGCCCGGGUGAACCCUCCCAGAGGGGCCCUAGGUACUGCCCAGAGCUUAGCCUCCGAGCCGAUUCCCCCUACGGCGGAAAUGGAGGCGGCCUCCAAGCUCUGUCCUCUCUCCAUUCCUUGAUUAUUCUUGGUUGCCCCAAGUUUCUCGCCUGCUAUUUGCCGUCGCCCUCUUCUUCUUGUUUCCCCUUCCCAACCUCGCUGCAAUCCCUCUUGCUUGAUGGCGUGGAGAAACUGGCGCCCCUCUCGAACCUCGCCUCUCUCGUUAACCUGCAAAUAUGGGACUGCGGGGGCUCCGAAGGCGCGGGCUUGCGGCGUCUCCUCGCGCACGGCUGCCUCCGCGAAUUAUUAUUCAUCACUGGAACCCCCAAUUUGUUCUCCACUGAACCCUCGUCCCCUUCCUCCAAUCUGCAGUCGCUGGAGACGGAUGACGUCGCAGGAGUCCUUCCGGCACCCAUCUCUCCGCUCCUCUCUUCCUCCCUCACCAGUUUAGUCCUUCGGCCUAAUGAGGAGAUGGAGCGCUUCACAGAGGAGCAGGAGGAUGCCCUUCCGCUCCUCACCUCCCUACAGCAACUCGACUUGUCACAUUGCUACAAGCUGCAGUGCCUCCCGGCGGGGCUGCAGAGACUGACAAACCUCAAGAGAUUACUGAUUCCUGGCUCUCCAGACAUCCACUCCCUGCACAAGGACGGCCUCCCUGAUUCCCUGCAACAAUUAGAGAUCCGCCGUGGAGACAUCCGGUCGCUGCCCAAGGACGGCCUUCCCAAUUCCCUGCGGAAAUUAAAAAUCUCCGGCUGCUCAUCUAUGCGCUCGCUGCCCAAGGACGGCCUCCCUAAUUCCCUGGAGGAAUUAGAGAUCUCCUUCUGUCCAUCCAUCCGGAGUCUCGCCAAGGGCGGCCUCCCAAGUUCACUGCGGUUAUUAGAUGUCCGUUAUAGCAACAGCGAGGAGCUAACGAGGCAGUGUCGCACGCUGAUAGGAACCAUUCCAAUAGUCAGAAUUGACUAAUUAAUCAAGGUCUCUUGUUCAAAUGUACAUUCUUCUAACCUCUUAGGAUUCGCUUUCUAUCGGUUGAUAGUUCUGAUUCCGAGUUGUCAAGCAUGAGCAUCUUCUCAGCAUGUGCCCUUCCACGCUGUACAUAAAUUGAGGGAUCUUCUUGGAACUGUACAUUCUUAUAGGCUUGUAGGAAUCUUUCUAUAUCCAAGGAAAAUUUAGUAUUAUGAACUGUGAAUACCUCAGCAUGUAGAAAAAACUGGAACAAUUUGCCCUUCAUACAUCAUAAUUCAUAUUCUGCCUUUCAGUCAAUAUGGCUGACUAAUGGAGCAUAAUGUAGCAUAUAUUGUUUUCUUCAAACUGUACAUCAUCUAGCCUCAUAUUAUUAUUGACAUAUGCACUGUUUUUUGUCUCCAAGUUAGAGACUCAACUAUGGCAAUCUCAACAUGUAACUUCCAUCCUGUACGCAAGGCUGGUUAGUAUAUGCAAAAUCACCCAUACUUCAGUCAAUAUAUUGUUUCACUGCCGUUUGAUGCUAUGGUUAUUUGAGCAUCCUGGAAAAUUACUUUCUGCCUUUGUAAUGUCUCAAUAAAAUGGUUAUUCCUUUUCAUGCACUCUGAGAAUUACUUGUUAAUUCUGAACUCUGAGAUUCUAAAUUUCUGU